GACCAAAGGUCCUCCUUGUCUCCUGCAACUCCUCCUUGGAGAGAUAAUCAGUUCUCCAGCCUCUCUGGGAUCCAACCUGCACUCGCCUUUUGCCGGACCCUCAUAUAUCUGCACUCCUGUCCCGUGGUUGGGUCUCCAUAUAUACGCUGACAGGCUAACAUCCCUGAACUGGACUAUCUGAAACUCUUAUGAAGGUACACAAAGAAUAAGCCAUGGAGAAUCAUAUCACACAUAUUUCCAGAGGGGAUCUGGAGGAGCUCCGAGACGCUUUUAACAGAAUCGAUAUCGAUAACAGCGGGUAUGUGAGUGACUUUGAGCUUCACGAGCUCUUCAGAGAAGCAAAUUAUUACCUGCCAGGUUACAAGGUGCGAGAGAUCAUCGAGACCUUUAUUGCUGGAGAUACCAACAAGGACGAGAAAAUCAGCUUUGAUGAAUUUGUCUCUAUUUAUCAAGAGCUGAAGAGUAAGGAGCUCAGUGAGUCAUUUCGGAAAUGCAUCUCCAGAAGAGAUGGGAUCCGCUCCUUUGGAGGAAUAUCAGGAAUCUCCAGCGAAGGGACACAACACUCUUACUCUGAUGAGGAGAAGGUGGCAUUUGUCAACUGGAUCAACAAGGCGUUGGCCAACGAUCCCGACUGCAAACAUUUGUUGCCUAUGAACCCCGACAAUGACAGUCUCUUCACCUCAGUCCGAGACGGCAUCCUGCUGUGUAAAAUGAUCAACCAUUCUCAGCCUGACACGAUUGAUGAACGAGUGAUCAACACAAAGAAACUCACCACCUUCAAAAUGACAGAGAAUCUGGUGCUGGCUUUGAACUCGGCCUCAGCCAUCGGCUGCACUGUGAUCAGCAUUGAUGCCAUUGACCUGAUGGCUGGGAAGCCCCAUCUGGUCAUGGGUCUCCUCUGGCAGGUUAUCAAAGUUGGCCUCUUUGCUGACAUAGAAGUUGGUAGGACUGAAGGUCUCAUCGGCCUUCUGGGAGAUUCGGAAAAGCUGGAGCAUCUCUUGGUGGUCUCUCCUGAGGAGCUGCUGCUGCGCUGGGUCAACUAUCAUCUGCAAAUUGCAGGAACGAAAACUAUCAACAAUUUCAGUGAUGACAUCAAGGAUUCACGGACGUAUUUCUACCUGCUGCACCAGCUCGCUCAACAUGGACGAGAAGACCACAAAAAGAGCAUUAAAAUCGACAUGCGUGGUCUCAAUGAGAGAAACUUAAACCGAAGGGCUGAGCUGAUGCUGCAGCAAGCAGCCCGGCUGGACUGCCGACAGUUUGUCUCUCCUCACGAUGUCACAUCUGGAAACAGCAAACUCAACUUGGCCUUUGUAGCCAACCUGUUCAACAUGCACCCUCGCCUACAGCAGGUUCACACCGAGGGAGAGCAUCUGCACAUAGAGGGAGAGACCAAGGAAGAGAAAACAUGCAAUUGGAUGAACUCAUUGGGUGUCACGCCUCAUGUCAACCAUCUCUACUGGGACCUGUGUGAUGGUUUAAUAAUUCUACAGCUUUAUGAGAAAGUUAACAUUCCUGUGAACUGGAAGAAAGUCAACAGGCCACCUUAUCCUGUGCUUGGGGCAAAUAUGAAGAAGCUGGAGAACUGUAACUAUGCUGUCGAGUUGGGAAAAAACCGAGCUCAGUUCUCUCUUGUUGGCAUUGGGGGAGAAAAUUUGAACGAGGGGAGCCGUGUACACACCCUUUCACUGGUCUGGCAACUGAUGAGGAGGUACACACUGCUGGUGUUGUCAGAUCUGGGUGAUGGAAAUAAAGUUGGAGAUCAGAUCAUCCUCAACUGGGUGAACACAACACUGAGUCAAAAACGGAAGGACACAACAAUCACUAGCUUCAAGGACAAGAUAAUCAGCACCAGUCCAGUAAUUGACCUGAUCGAUGUCAUUGCUCCUGGUACUGUCAUGGACAUGGUGAAGAGAGGAGACAGAGGAGUGCUGAGUGAAGAAGACAAAUACAACAAUGCCAAGUAUGCUGUCUCUUUGGCCCGUAAGAUUGGCGCUCGUGUCUAUGCGUUGCCUGACGAUUUGGUGGAGGUGAAUCCUAAGAUGGUUCUGACGUUGUUCGCCUGCCUCAUGGGCCAUGGUGUCAAAAAGCAACCUGACGUGACCAAACAACCCAGGAUCUAACCAACAUCAUAUUGUCCAUAUGGCAUCUACUCUCUGUCUGACAUCUUUUUUUUCUCAUCUUACAAAGAAAUUACAUCAAAAUACUUUAUAUUUGUCAGCCAUGACAUUGCUGUGAUGCGACAGAUGUGAUCACAACAAGAAAUGGUCGAUUUCUGUUCUUUCCAUAAAACCGACCAAAGAUUACAAAUAAUUUGUUGUCACCAGAUCGUCUGUAUUUGUGAUUUUCUGAAAGGAGUUUCUGAAUGUUCUUUUAAAUAUUAUAUAAGAGUCAGCGCAUGUAUUUACUACUUCUCUUAUUAAGAACAAAAAAGGCAAUGAAGAAAAGCAGAUGUACUUUAUACAUCCAUCGGCCUUUUCAACAACACUGUAAAUGUUGAACAUUGAAUACUAAUAUUUGAUAAUUAAAAAGAAUCUAUAAAGUG